UUGACUUCUUCUUAGUGACAGUGUAUACGCUGCGUAGAUAUCCGGGAAGUUGUGUUAUAUCCCUUUUGGGGCUAGCGCGGGUAUCUCCAGGCACUUCCAGUUUGCGUAACUAGGCAUUAGCUAAGCCAUAUCCGGAGCUCUCAUCCAACACCCAUGCACUACACCAGACCAGACCAAAUAGACAGAGAACAGCAGUCCCACCUACAGCUAUACAGACGCUCUCUUACUGAUAUACAACAUUAUACCCGCGUUCCCCUUUAUUUUCUCAUUUAUUUUUCCUGUAUUCUCUCCCGUUUGAAUAAUACUCGUUCAUCAUGUUUAUUGCGCGGUCUGAAUAUGACCGUGGUAUCAAUACUUUCUCCCCGGAAGGCCGUCUCUUCCAAGUCGAAUACUCUCUCGAAGCUAUAAAACUGGGAUCAACAGCAAUCGGUGUCGCAACCUCAGAAGGAGUCGUUCUAGGCGUUGAAAAGCGGGUAACAUCAACCCUUCUCGAAACAUCAUCCGUAGAGAAGAUCGUCGAGAUAGAUCGACACAUUGGAUGUGCAAUGUCCGGUUUGCAGGCUGAUGCGCGGUCGAUGGUCGAGCACGCCCGUGUCGAGAGCCAAAACCACGCCUUUAACUAUUCAGAGCCGCUGAGGGUUGAGAGCUGCACGCAGGCCAUAUGCGACUUGGCGCUCAGAUUUGGUGAGGGUGCUGAUGGCGAGGAGAGCGUGAUGAGCAGGCCGUUUGGUGUUGCGCUGCUGAUUGCGGGUUAUGACGAGGAUGGACCGCAAUUAUACCAUGCUGAACCUUCGGGGACUUUCUACCGAUACGAUGCCAAGGCCAUCGGCUCUGGAAGUGAAGGCGCACAAGCGGAGCUGCAAACUGAAUACCACCGUUCGCUUACCCUAGUAGAAGCGGAGACUCUUGUUUUAAAGACAUUGAAACAGGUGAUGGAGGAGAAGCUGGAUGCUAAGAACGUGCAGUUGGCCAGUGUGACUAAGGAUAUGGGAUUCCGGAUUUACGGGGAAGAAGAAAUGGGACGGGUUGUGUCAACUUUGGGAGGGAAUUAGUAUGAAGGCUCCAUGAUAUUUAGCGAAUAAAACGAGACCCUGCGGACUCAAGAAAUUUCAAACAAUAAACCCACCUCCAUGGUUCCUAGCCAAGAUGUCUGAACUAGAAAUAACAAUAUGCAUAGUAAAACAUGACAUAAAAUAUAAUGAAUGAUGGAUACUUCGAAAAUCUAUCUGGUCUUAUAUACACACGGUUUAAGCACCUUACUCUCUUCUUCAGGCGCCAUCCCGUUACCGUCAUCAUUUUCAAUGAAUUUCUUCUUCCCAAACCUGGUGUCGUUCACAUUAACAGCCCAUUUGCCCUUAGUCGGAUGCCCAUGCUUGACAAACUCCAUCUUGACAAACAUUUUGUUCGACAUAUCCACCGACUUCUGCUUAAGCACAAAACCACGAGUCCUCAGUACUUCCACAAAUGCAGAAAUAUCCGUCUCAUCUGCAGCAGUAUUAACCUGAUCCUCUAGGAAUAUCUCCUCAUCAUCAAUCGCCUCCUCGUCUUCGUUAUCUUUCCCUUUACCACUCUUUUUCUUCCUCUCUUUCCUCCCCGCCCCAGCUCCACCUCCCCUCUGCCCGAUCUUGUUCCUCCGAGCAACUGUCCCAAACCGACUCUUAACCUCACUCACCCAGCACUCUCCUUUCCCAUCACCCCUUAGUACUCUCCACGCCUCCUCAAUAAAGGACACCCAAUUCGUCCCCAUCAAACUAAGACAGAAAAUAGCCACAUCGACCGUCCCAUCCGCAAUCGGCAACGCAGAAAUAUCUGCCUUCAUAAUCAGCGGAUAAGCCACAUGCAAAUCAAAGCUAAGCAACUUGAGUUUCAAAGCCUUGGCUGACGGUGUCAGAACCCGGGCAAGUUUAGCAUCGCCACAGCCCAUGUCUGCUAUCGUG